AUGUUUACUGAGCAAGGUUAUCGUUUUGAUAUCGGAUGGUUCUUGACAGCCACAUCACCACAUAUGUGGGCCAGUUUGGGCAUUGCUUGCUCUUUGUCCUUAUCUGUCUUGGGAGCCGGAUGGGGAAUAUUUACGACAGGAGUAUCAAUUUUGGGCGGUGGUGUGAAAGCACCUCGAAUCCGAACUAAAAAUUUAGUUUCAAUCAUAUUCUGUGAAGCCGUUGCCAUUUUCGGCAUCAUAAUGGCAUUUGUAUUCCUCGGCAAAAUUCAUGGAUUCAACCGAGCUAUUGCAUCAGACACAGUGCUGUCUAAAAACAUCGCUAGUGGAUAUAUGAUUUUCGGUGGUGGACUUACUGUUGGCUUCAGCAAUUUUGUAUGUGGCAUUGUGGGGAGUGGUGCGGCCUUAGCAGAUGCUGCAAAUCCGGCUUUGUUUGUAAAAAUUUUAAUUAUUGAAAUAUUUGCUUCUGCAAUUGGCCUUUUUGGCAUGAUUAUUGGCAUUGUACAGACAAAUAAGGUUGCAAUGGGUGACCAGAUUUGA